AUGACAAUUAUCACCAGCAUGGAACAGGACGGAGAGAACCCGGCCCAGCCCAUAGCACCGCACGGACAUCCUGGCCAACACGAACAUUCCAGUGCAUGGACUCCCAAGCAGAAUACCUCACCGCAAGAAAAUGACCAGUUCACGGAAGGUGACUCUCUUGAAAAUGUCGCUCUUGAGCUAUAUGUGGAGACUUUGUUGAGCCGAGCGCAUUUGCUCCUUUUCAACUCCAACCACGACGACAUCAACGCGCAGGAAAAUGUAUUCGAUCGAGGCAAGAAAUUGCUGGAAGAGGCGGUGUCGAUGUGCUUUUCAGGGCAGUACUCCGUGAGGCGCACCCUGAUAGCAAAAUGCUGGUAUGUGAGGGGGUUCCUCGCCGACAUUAGUGGUGACGACGAGAACACCUCAGGAUGUUUCACACAAGCAGCCAGGCUUGAUGAGAAUUACAAGAGUCUCCAGAGGGUGAGAUGGCACCUUGAGCGCCAAGAAGACUUCGAUGAACUAUUCAAGGCAUGGUAUGACGCAGAGGGACCAGUCGAGAGCCGAAUUGAUGGAUACCGCCUCGGUGAGCCUGAUCCUGACAGCGACGCAGCGCCGACAACGUCAUUUACAAGUGCGAAUACGCCAAAUUUUCGACAUAGUGAGCUGUAUGAGCUCCUUUUGAGUGAUAUAAACAACAAAGCCCUGCAGGAAGACGAGCCGAUGGAAGGAAACUCAUCGCCAGUCUUCCCUUCUCACCAGCCGCAUCACUUGCCGCCGAUUGCCGCCGCCCCGUAUAACGGCCUUUUGACUGAUUGGGUCGAUCAACUGGUCCUAGAGAAAAUCUACGGUCCAGGUGCGGGAAGGCAGGCGUCCCAGGAAACUCGUCGGGCGUUGAAAGAAUGCGAAAACUCUCCCGUGAGAGAUCUUUUCCUCAAGCAGGUGGAGGAGAGUAAAAAGAAGGCCGAAGUGGAAGCGGAGGAGCGGAUGCUCCAGAUCCUAGAAGCUCGGACCCGGCAGUCUUCCGCUCAUGUCAGGCGUCUUUCAGGCCACGAGGCUCUCCUGUCCGACGCACUCUGUAUUACCACGGCGACAGCAGCAGCCGAUGAUGGUGCCGGGUCACCUCGCAAGUUGACAAUCAACACCCAGGGAAUCAGACGACCAUCGACAUCAUCAAAGUCAAGUAAUAGUUCGCCAGCUGCAUCUAGUCCACUAAGGAAAGCUUCAUUUCCGGGAGAUACGCAAGAUACCGCUGACGGUGGUUCGUGUUGA